AAUUAUUAUCAUUGAGCACCGGCCGCCUCUCGAGUCGGGUCGACUCCUCGGUCUCUGCAUCGCUGGGCAGAGGAAGGAGAGAAAGGUAGACAGCGAGAUGAAACAACAAAAGGAACCAACCAACUCAACCGUAUCACCCGCACGUGGCCGCCGCGAUCCCCGUCCACCUCGCCAUCUCCAUCGCCCCUUGCCAUUCUGUUCUCUAAUAGUCGAUCGGUAGAUCAGAUGAAUCCCUUCUGCUGCUCCUCCCUCGUUCCAGUCUCACCUGCCGGCGCGACCGCCCCCUCUCCCUCCCCUGCCGCACGCCAUCCCCUCGCGCAAAUGCCCCUUCCUGCUCCUCCGCCACCCCCUCCCCCUCGUAGCUCCGCCGCCGCCUCUGUCGCGCCCGUCCAGAGCCGCGACCCCUCCCCCCUCCACCGCCGGAGCUUCAACGACCACAACGGAAGCCUCCGCUGGCCCUCCACCCCUACCAGCGCCUCGACCAGCCAGCAGCAUGGCCACCACCACCGUUCCGCCACCCUCCCGUCCGAUCUCUCCGCCUCACUUCGCUCCUCCUCCCACGACGCCCUCGACCACCGCGAGGUCCGGCUCAACAACAUCGUGGGUAACGGGAUCGCUGGGAUCCUUCACAAGUGGGUCAACUAUGGGAAGGGUUGGCGGCCGCGCUGGUUCGUGCUCCAGGACGGCGUCCUCUCCUACUACAAGAUCCACGGUCCUGAUCGCAUCGAGGUCAGCCGGGAGACCGAGAAGGGGACCAAGGUCAUAGGCGAAGAGUCCGUCCGCCGGAUUUCUCGUCGCAAGAAUGGUCGCUCCCAUCUCCCACGCAAGCCGGUCGGCGAAGUCCACCUCAAGGUUUCAUCGAUCCGGGAGAGUAGAUCGGACGACAAGAGGUUCUCCAUCUUCACCGGGACCAAGAGACUGCACCUGAGGGCGGAGGCGCGGGAGGAUCGGGUGGCAUGGAUGGAGGCGCUGCAGGCGGUGAAGGACAUGUUCCCGAGGAUUUCGAACAGCGAGCUCAUGGCGCCGGUGGACAACGUGGUAGUGUCGACGGAGAAGUUGCAGCAGAGGCUACACGAAGAAGGGGUGAACGAGGCAGCGAUACACGAUUGUGAACAAAUCAUGAGAAGCGAGUUUUAUGCGAUGCAGAACCAGCUUGUGCUUCUUAAACAGAAGCAGACCCUCCUAGUCGACACCCUCCGCCAAUUAGAGACAGAAAAGGUUGACUUGGAGAAUACCCUUGUUGAUGAGAGCCAAAGACAAUUAAAAGAGCAUGGGCCAGUGUCUAGAUCAAGAUAUGAGAAAUAUAGUGACGGGAGUGCAAGUGAAUCUGAUUAUGACAAUGAAAGGCCAGAUGCUGCUGAAGAGGAGACUGAUGAAGAAGACAAUACUUUCUUUGAUACGAGAGAUUUUCUUUCAUCAAGUUCUUUUAAGAGUACAGAAUCUGACUUCCACAGAUCUGAAUUCGAUUCUGAUGAUGAGAAUGAUUAUGGUGUUGGUUCUGUGGGUGCUAGUGACUCUUCUAUGAAAUCUGUGGAACCCAACUAUCCCAAUGUUAGGAGACGUGAAAAAUUGCCUGAUCCAAUUGAAAAGGAAAAAGGAGUGAGCCUCUGGUCGAUGAUCAAGGACAACAUCGGAAAGGAUCUUACAAAAGUUUGCCUUCCUGUUUAUUUUAACGAACCAUUGUCAUCGCUGCAGAAAUGUUUUGAGGAUUUGGAAUAUUCAUACCUAAUUGACCGAGCAUAUGAGUGGGGCAAAAAGGGGAAUGGUCUUAUGAGGAUACUCAAUGUUGCUGCAUUUGCUGUUUCUGGAUAUGCUUCAACUGAUGGCAGAACCUGCAAGCCCUUUAAUCCACUUCUCGGGGAAACAUACGAGGCUGACUAUCCAGACAAAGGCCUCAGAUUCUUCUCUGAGAAGGUCAGUCAUCACCCCAUGAUUGUUGCAUGUCAUUGUGAGGGAAAGGGAUGGAAGUUCUGGGCAGAUAGCAAUUUGAAAAGCAAGUUUUGGGGUCGUUCAAUUCAGCUUGAUCCUGUUGGUGUACUGACCCUUGAAUUUGAAGAUGGUGAAGUUUUUCAAUGGAACAAGGUGACAACUUCCAUUUACAACCUCAUACUGGGAAAACUUUAUUGUGAUCAUUAUGGUACUAUGCGCAUACAAGGAAAUCAUGAAUAUUCAUGCAAACUAAAAUUUAAGGAGCAGUCAAUAAUAGACCGUAAUCCUCAUCAGGUGCAAGGUAUAGUUCAGGAUCGCAAUGGGAAAACUGUAGCAACACUCAUUGGAAAAUGGGAUGAGAGUAUGCACUAUGUGUACGGAGAUUGCUCUGGAAAAGGCAAAGGAUCUGAACUAUUGUCGGAAGCACAUUUACUCUGGAAACGUAGCAAACCACCUAAGUGUCCCACCAGAUACAAUCUGACACGCUUUGCAAUAACAAUGAAUGAACUCACCCCUGGAUUAAAGGAAAAACUUCCAUCGACUGAUUCAAGGCUAAGGCCAGAUCAGAGGUGCUUGGAAAACGGGGAAUAUGAAAUGGCAAAUGCUGAGAAGUUGAGACUGGAACAGCGACAACGUCAGGCAAGAAAGAUGCAGGAAAGCGGUUGGAAACCUCAGUGGUUUGCAAAAGACAAAGAAAGCGAUACAUACCGGUACUUAGGUGGUUACUGGGAAGCCAGGGAAGAUGGCAAGUGGGAUGGAUGUCCUGAUAUCUUUGGUCAAGUCCAUGUUGAUCCGACAAUAGAUUGACUAGUUGUUCAGAAAGCAAACAGUCUCUUCUCUUUUAAUUUUUUUUCCUUUUAAAUACCUUUUAUUUUCCUUUUUCUUUCUCUCUCUCUCUCUCUCUUUUCUUCUUGGUGGGUUAUACUUCCCAUUUUCGAGCAACCAAAAUUCCAUACAUAGUGUAAACAGGGAAAUGGUAAACUAUACUGCUGCUUUUAAUAAUAAGAAAAAAAUGAGCAUUCUUCCUAA